AUGGAGCCUCCAAACAGCUUGGAGCCCGGUUUCUUCACCACGGGCAACGAUUCUCCUGUGAGAAGCGACUCGUCCACCUCAGAAGACCCGAAAACGCACUCGCCGUCCGCUGGGAUCUUGGAUCCUGGUGGUAACACCACUGUGUCGUUUUUCUGGAGCAGAUCAAUGACGAUCUCCCGCUGCGACGAGCCAAAGUCUGUUGGGUCUUCCAAGAUCAGACAGUUUGGCGGCGUGAGCGAAAGAAGCUUGGACAGCGCAGUGGAAGUGUUUCCUUUGGCCUUGGACUCUAUCCAUUUUCCAAGACUCACAAAGACGAAAAGCAUGGCGGACGUGUCGAACAAAACAUGA